GCCAUUGGUGCAUAUCCUGUGGGUCGUGAGGAUAAUGAAAUUGAAAUGGUGCUAUUCGUGCCCACUCACUUUAACGAUAGGGAUCUUGAAACCCAGGCCAUUUUUGAGAGAGAUCAUUUUUACUCUGUGGGUGGUAAGAUCAUACCUGGAUUUUAUACAGGCAAUAAAAGGCCAAAGUCAAUUUCGACUGAGGUAGAAAUUUUAAACAGAGUUGUUCAGUCAAACAAAUGCCCGUUAAAAAUUUCUCUAAUUGGAGUUCCUCAAGAAUUGCCAAAGGUACUGGAGAAUGAUGAGAAUGCAAUUUUCAACAUGUUAAUUAAUGAUUACGCUAUUCAAGAUCAUAAUUUUAUAGCUAAGAUCACAUUUCCACAUUCUAAUUCACGUUUUGCACACUUGAAGAGUACGAUUCGUCCACAUGAUUCACUUGUAUUCAUCAUUAGUCAGAUGGAAGUCAUUGAUAAUGAUUUUUAUAUCUAUGCAAAAGAUAUUAAUUUCAUUGAUAUUAGUAGUUUUAAGCGAAAAAUUUCUAAUGAUAGUAGUUCUAGUGGUUUUACCGAAGCUGUCAAUACAAUUCGUGCAAAACUUCUUCUUACUCACCAAAAUGUUCACGGAAAUUCUCAAGAUACUUCAAAAAUUGAGGAAUCAGCUUCAACAGUUUUUACAGAUGAUUUGUUAUCGCCUGGAAGCACUUCUUCAAAGCGUUCUGUUGGAAUUAAUAGUUCUUGUGAG